AUGGAGGAUGAAGUGGGUAAGGAAAAGGCCUUGGUUAGUGUGGAGCCAGUGGAAGACAUUCACCGAGAAAAGGUGCAAAAAAGGGUUGAAGUAAGAGUCCAGGACAGUGUGAACAAAAUCAAGGAAAUGAAGAAGGAGAGAACAGUGGAAAUAAUAUAUACAAAUGUGGAGGACAUCGGCAUUAACAUUGAAGAUCAUCUGCAAGAACAGCAUGGACAAGACAUGGAGGAAGUGGUGGCUAAAUUGCCAAAAGAUGAAGGUGACGUGGAGGGAGGAGAACUGGGGGAGGAGGGAGGCAUGGAAAGUUGGGAUGCUGUCCUUGACAUGGUCAACACAUUGUGGGAUGAUGAUGGCUGGGAAAAAGGAGGGGCGGCAGGAGCCGGAGAGGGGGAUGCAGAUUCCCUCUCGGGCUCCCUGCAGCGCUGGCCCCUUCUCCGGCCACCGGUUGGGUUUGGAGGUUCACACCCUCCCUCCUCAGCAGCCUCAGAGCUCAGCCUGACGGAGUUGGAGCGCAGGGCCAGGGAGCUGGACUCUGACCUGGAACACCUAGACCUGUCUCAGCCCCACAGGGACACGCAGGAUGGAUACCCAGCUCUUCUGGAGCCACAGAGGGAACGAGCUGACAUGUACCAAACCCACCCCGGACCACAGAGAGACAAAGCGCCUCUUCUUUCAGGAGUGGGCAGCAGAUCCCAGGUGACUCUGGAGCUCAGCGCCAUGGCUUCACCAGCCACAGACACAGACAAAUCCCCCGCCGAAUGGUCAACCAGGUCGACUGGGACCUCCACUGUCGGUACUAGCUCAACAAAAGAGGACAGCUCUCCAGACUCCAACCUAACGCUCGAGUCCGACUCCAGCGGCGUCUUCCUUUCCUUGUCCAAUCAGAGCCAGGAAGAAGCUGGCUCUGAUAGCGACCAGCCAAUCAGUGGAUCUGACCUAGGCAGUAGCAGCACGUCGCUGGAGAAAGACGGGGACGAUGGAGGGCUGAAAGAGUGGGGGAGGGAGGAGAGUUCAGAGCUGCAGUGGUGUUACCCCUCGCUCCUCAACACAUCCACCCAAGAAGACGUCGAAGAUGUUGAAAAAGAGGAAGAGGCCCCUGAAACGAUGGGGGGAUAUGAAGAGAAAGAACUGGAGGAAGAUGGAAGAAAAGCUGGCAAGAUAGGGAAGGUUUCAAUCAUCAAGACCCAACGAGAACAUUCGGUCAUCAGAGGAUCCAUGAUUCCAAUUUCCCAACAAAGUGAAGAAAUACCUCCGAGGAAGAAAGUGACCCUAAUGGGACUAGAAUCCCCCCUCCCGCUGUCACCUACCAAACAACCAAUCAAGCACUUUCUCGAUCCCAGUCAGAAGCCAAUCAGAACCUCAGGACUCGACUGUGGCGACCUGGAUCCAUUCGUCCAAUCAGACAGUUUUGUUUACCUUGCCGUGUCUGCGAGGCCCGGCUCUAAAGGCGAACCCACCAUGGCGACAAACAUUCCCCCCCAUGAGAACAAAAAGGUUACCGUACAGCAACAUUCAGAAAGCACCAAGACCUAUGUGGACCAACCAAACACGGAACAAGCGACCAAGCCAGCUUUCCUCGGCCCGCAGAAACCAGAAGAAGGAGACUUUCUGUGCACCGACAGCUUUGUCUACCUUGCUGCACCAGCCUGCCUCCUACUGGGCCCUGCAGGAAGCACAUCCUACAGUGGAAAGGAAUCUGAUUCAGAGAGUUCAGGCUCUGGACCAGUCGACGUGUCAGUGCUGGGCUGUGGAUCCGUGGCCGGGGACAGCGACUGGGACUCAGAUCUGUCAGACUCUGAUCCCAGAUCUUCCAGGAUCUCGGCUUCUGGCACCAAGUCGUCCGGCGUGGCACGACCCAAGCGUCUGCCCACCGAACCCGACUGGGACUUGUUUGGAGAGGCCACCGAACCCGAAGUGCUGAGCGAUCUCUUCACGGAACAGGACAGGAACAACAACGGCUCAGCUGGAAAGGUCACCGAGGUUUCCACCAGCAUGGCAGCCGCGCCGAGUCAGCCUGCCACUUCGCCCACCAAGACGACAGCGUUAGUGGAGCAGCUGUCAACGACCAAGAAGGUAACCUGGCAGUUCAAGCCGGCCCAGAGGUCAGUCUGCACCGGCAGCAGAAAAGAAAAGGACAGGGAGUUAAUGUCGUCCGCAUCGGUAAGGCUCUCAGAACUGGAAAGCGGCGAGAUUUAUGGACCCUCCCCGUCAUCUUCCUCCUCAUCAUCACCCUCAUCGUCAUCCUCGGGGUGA